AUGAGGAAGAGGAAUAGCGAGGGUGGGGAAGUGCGUUGCAGGGCAGAGGGAGGGGUGGCAGUGUAUGUUGGAGAGAGAGAGCAGCAGAGAUUGCUUAGGGGCAACAAGGGUGGGAGUGGGACGUGGAGGGGCGUGUCAGGUGGGGGACGUGUGACGGAGAAGCGCAUGGCGUGGCUGGUUCUUGAGUGGCGGGGUGGAAGCGGGCGAGGAGGGUCGUGGCGGGUGGGGUGGAGUAAGACGGGGAGGAGCUUGCGGGGGGAGGAGCCGGGCGGAGUAUUGGCGGAGGGAACGGGGAGUUGUGUGGCGGGGGCCGGGAGAGCAACGUAUGUGAAGCAAGCCGCUGUCUCCGCCGUGUUGUCCAAAGCCAGAUCAUUGUUAUCUCCGCUGUCGCUGGCCCAACCGUUGUUCUAUUAUUCUUCUCAUCGUUGUCCUUAUCCUUCACGUCGUCAUCCUCGUCGUAAUCAUGGCUGUCUUUGCUGUAGUCAUGGGUUUCUCCAAUCUGUGCGCAUCUCUGACGUUGCUCUCACGCAUUAUGUUUUACUCUUGUUCACCGGAGCACAGGGAAGGCAAUGUCAAAAGUCUGCCCCUGUAAGAGAGUCGAAAAAACUAGGAAAAAGAUGCCCCACCGACCCCUUUGCUCCACACAGCAUUCUGCAACACCCAACCAAACAUUCGCCCACCAGCGCGCAGUUGGAGGUGGGCGGCGCGGGGCGGGCGACGUGGGCGGUGGCGGCGGUGGGAGGGGGUCCGCGGGGCGGCGCGUGGCGCAUCCCAUUAGUAAACUUCAGUUUCCGAGUCCAGUACAUCGUGCGUUAUGCUCUUGUGAAUCGAUGUUCAAGAUACGUUGAUAAGAGAUCCAUCGCGGCCGCUCUCGCCCUGCCACGCCCCCGCGCCGCGACAAGCAGCGCUCCCAACGGCUGGCGACUUGAUUACCCGCGUGCGCUCGAUUGCACGUCGGGCGAUCGCCGGAUCGGCAACAUUGCUGUUGACACUGCAGUAAACGAGACAGUGAAGGGACAGUUCGACGAAGGCGAUAUCUGUGCAAUGGCUAGCUUCAAAGAUGUUCGUGAGAUGUAUCUACUUAGGAUGUGCCAGUGGGCGCAGUGCCCGUUGUUAUUUGGAGAGCCACUACUGCGUCUCCUCUGCUUGUUCUUGCGGUUGAUUCCCGUGUUGGAGUACGCCAGCGAUUCUACGAGACGGAGUCAGCUAGUAGCUUUGCGUAUAACACUUGGAAUGAAACCAUACUGCAAAACUAAAUUUAACGUCUUCGGAAUUAAUCAGUGCCAGGAAGCACGUGUUGAGAAAACCGAAAACGAGAAGGGAUUACGAGGAUACUUUGUGAUCACACGAGUCAACGAGCGUGCAGCUCCUAUUGCUAAUGAUCCCAGCGCCUCAGACACUUUGUGUUCGCUGCCUGCCCGGCCGUGA